AUGAGUCAAAUUUUAAUUUAUACAGUUAUUAUUACAGGAAAUAUAAGAAAGUUUGAAGAAAUUAAAGAAUUUUUUGGAACAACUGUAAAAUUAACUCAUAUUUCUUUAGAUUUGCCAGAAAUACAAGGAGAAAUACAUGAAAUAAUAUUAGAUAAAUGUAAAAAGGCCGUAGAUAUUGUUAAAAAACCUGUAAUUAUUGAGGACACCAGCCUUUUUUUUACAUCAUUUAAUGGACUUCCCGGACCAUAUAUUAAAUGGUUUUUAUUAAGUCUUGGAUUGGAUGGAUUAGUGCGUCUCUUAGAAGCCUUUCCUGACAAAACAGCAGAAGCUGUAUGUUUAUUUGCAUAUUGUAAAGAUCCUGGAGAUACUGUUCAUGUUUUUGAAGGAAGAACAUUGGGAUCUAUUGUGCCUGCUCGUGGACCAACUGUGUUUGGAUGGGAUGCUAUUUUCCAGCCACUCGAUUGUGAUCAAACAUAUGCUGAAAUGGGUCAAACAUUGAAACAUAAGUUCAGUCAUCGAAGUAAAGCUUUAACAAAACUUUUAGCAUUUUUGAAACACGCCAAUAAUGAUGUAUAA